UAAAGUCGCUCCACUUCCGAGAUGAAGUAAAGUCGAGCUCCGCCGCACGAGAAGAAGAAGAAGAAGAAGAAGAAGGGAUGAACUGACAAUCUAUCUCUCUGGGAAAAAAAAAGAAAAAAAAAUCCCCCCCCUCCCUUCAAGUCUGCCAGGCUAUGUUGAGAAAAGACAUUUGGAUUUGGAGUUUUAUGGACUCGAAGGAGUUUUCUUUUUGUCCACAUCUAUGUAGGACGUGGCGUCUGCGCCUGCAUUGAAGUAACCUAAAUUAGGAAUGGUUUAUCCUCCCGAAGGUUUAUUCUACAUCGAAAUGGAUCAAGCACCUCCAGCUCUCCCUCCCAGGUCAACAAAGCCAGUGUCCUCCACCAUGAACAAUAACUGCCUUGCACCACCUGUGUAUUCGCUACAGGACGCUGAGUGGUACUGGGGAGACAUAACCAGGGAUGAGGUGAACGAAAAGCUCCGAGACACACCUGAUGGCUCCUUUAUGGUGCGUGACGCAUCCACAAAGCUGCAAGGAGACUUUACACUGACGUUAAGGAAAGAUGGGCACAACAAGCUGAUCAAGAUUUACCACCGUGAUGGGAAGUACGGCUUCUCGGACCCCCUCACGUUCACUUCAGUAGUGGAGCUCAUUUGGCACUAUCAGCACCAUCCGUUGGUGGAAUACAACGCCACUCUGGACCUAAUGCUCACCCAUCCUGUGUCCCGCUUCCAGCAGGUGAAAGAAGACAGCGUCGAUGUCGCUGGACGAAAGCUCAAGGAGGUUCACAGUCAAUAUCAAGAAAAGACAAAGGAGUUUGAUCGUCUUUAUGAAGCUUUCACAAAGACCUCACAGGAGAUCCAGAUGAAGCGAACAGCAAUAGAGGCCUUCAAUGAGACGAUGCUGAUCUUCGAAGAGCAGUGCCGCGAACAGGAGCGUUAUGGAGAGGAGUUUGAGAGAAACAAUCAGUCCGAGGGAGCCGACAAAGAUCUGGAGAGCUUCCUGAUAAAUUACGAGAAGCUGAAGUGUCGUCUUGGAGAGAUCUACGACAGCAAAAUCCAUCUGGAGGAAGACUUGAGAACGCAGGUGGAGGACUACAGAGAGACGGACAGGAAGAUGAACAGCUUGCGGCCUGACCUUAUCCAGCUACGGAACAUCAGAGACCAGUAUCUCAACUGGCUUAAUCACAAAGGUGUACGGCAGAAACGCAUAAAUGACUGGCUGGGGACGCAGAGUGACAGCCUAGACGACACAUAUGUGCUGAAGGGAGACGAGAAGAAUUUGCCGCAUCAGGAUGAGACAAAUUGGUUUGUUGGUGAGAUGAGCCGGACGCAGGCCGAGGAGAUGCUUCAAGGUAAAGCUCCGGGGACAUUCCUGAUCCGUGAGAGCAGCAAACAGGGAUGCUACGCGUGCUCUGUUGUCGUGAAUGAAGAAGUGAAGCAUUGUAUGAUCUACAGCACACCACACGGAUACGGCUUUGCUGAGCCCUACGACGUCCACUGCUCACUGAGAGACCUUGUCCUGCACUAUCGCCUGCACUCCUUAGCGCAACACAAUGACGCCCUGGAUGUUCGGCUGUCGCAUCCAGUACACGCCAAAGCCGCAGCCACGCCUUCUCAACACGCAGAGGAACACAAACUCUUACAGACUCCAAAACACACAGCGGGGCUUCCGCCUGCCGCUCCAGAAAUGUAAUCCAACGGAAAGAGACAAAAGGGACAUGUUUACUGUAUCCUGCGGGAAUGACUGCAUCGAGGUGCAAUGUGUAAAGUUUUGCACUACAGUGAUUCCAUCAGUUUUUUGUGAAUGGGAUUUCACAGAUUGAAGUGGGACCGGAACUUGAAUGUCAGCUUGAACGUUUUUUUUUUUUGUUUGUUUGUUUUGUUUGUUUUUGUUUGUUUUAAAAAAGACUGUUUUAAGCUUUUACAUUUUUUUUUGUACUUCAUUUAUUGCCAUUUGUUUAAUGGACACCUUUUCGGUAGGGAUGUUGACAACUAGAAAAUUGCUCACUGACGUCAGGUGCUGCACCUUUUAUUCGUUUGACCUUUACAACCAGAGUUGAUGUUGCUUAAGAUGUCCAUUUCCCUAGUUAAAAUUUCUUCAGUUCUGAAAAUUUGACCGAUAGGUUAGAAAUAUAUUUGGUUACUAUGAAAUCGUAUUUGUACAUCAUUCCUGAGCAUAUCAUGGCAAUCUGAGUAGAGAAAAAAGGCAAGCACAUGAAUUAUAUUUAGUAGAGAAUUUAUUUCUCAUGCAAAGAGUUUUAAUUAAGAAAAAACAAAAUAUUCUUAAUGAAUGUAUUUACCUGUUUGCACACAGUGAUUUGUUUUCACUAAAUGAAAGUAUCUACUAACUUAGAAACUCUUUAUAUAGCUAGAUUUGUAACCAAAACUGGACACACUGCUAACGUGGAGCUGUUAAUCAUUCUUCUAGUCGUCCUGUUCUCCCAUAGUAAUUGAUAGAUCAACUAGCAAUCCAAUUGGAAACAAAACAGCCAAUCAAAAAUGGCUGGCAUUGUAACACACUGUUACAAUGUCAAAUUUGAGCCGAGCAUAGGUGAGAGAAGUUGAGAGCGAGCGCACACACAGCAGGGAAAUUAGUAAUACUGAGUGAAAAUGGGUCAUCAUUGUGCGUUUAUGUGGCUAAUAGGAAACAUAGUAAUGAAUUUAUUGAGCGCAAAAUAUAUUUUUGUACAUUCAAAUUAAAUAAUUCUCUGCGUGAUACUAAAUCUAAUUUACGUGCUUCCAAGAAAAUGUUUUUCUGUCCUCGAAAUAUCCCAUUGCACGCUCAGAAACGAGGAACAAAUACAACUCCAUAGGUUACUACUAUGUAGUGCAUUUGUGAGGGAGGGAAAAUGGUGCUGUAAACAGGCUGUUUCAUAUUGGUUUUGGGUAAAUGCCACGUGUGAAUAUGUGAAAAGUCGUGGUGCAUCAUGACAGUUUGCCCCUUUUCUUAACAGACAUUCAUAUACAGUGGAUAUAUGUAGCAUUAACAUCCUGUAGAAUACCAUUGUACAAGCAUAAUCAAUGUUAAACCCAUUGACCAAAGCACUUAAAGCUGAAGUAGGCAAUGUUAACAGACAAUGUGAAACCCUUCCACCUCUCUCUCCUUUCGUUGCUGCCUUGUAUCGCUCCACUAAGCCCCUCCCACCAAAUGACGCACUAAACAUGCACGUGCAUUUUGCCGGGCUUAAAGCGGAAUGGCAAGGUUGUCAACCUUUGUAACUAACUAGCAAAUUAAUGUCUAUUGCACUUGGCUAGUUGAUUCUGUCUCAGAGGUAAGAAAUGUGUCCUCUGUGAGGGAGGAAGCUCCAACCAUAUUUCUAUAGUUCCAACAACUCGUCUUCUGUCUGGCUGAUCGCCUCAAGUCAGUUUCAGCAACUGUUUGUACAGAGUUUCUAUGAUUGGCUAGUUGCCUGCUAGCUAACCUUGAUUGGUUGUUGGAUUGAGAAUGGAACCAGUUUUUAAAGAAAGAAAACAGUGACAAGAGCUCAGAGACACAAGAGGAAGAACCCUUCAAUUAAAUAUUUUUUGUGACGUGAUGGUCAAAAUUAGAUAUUUUAACCAAAAUAAGUACAGUGGAAUAAUAUUGCCUACUGCAGCUUUAAUAGUGAGCAAAACUACAUCCCUGUUAAGUCCGGUAAUUGCAUUUGGGCAAGGGGAGGGCAAUUUAUGUACACCUGCUGAUGUGCUGAUCAAAACAUAAUCUGAAGUACUGUAUGUUAUAUUCUGUUACUCAAAGAAGUAUAAGCUUUUUGUAUUCUAUAUAUAUUUUUUCUAUAAACAUGCCACAAGAUGAAAGCUUGAAGAAAGUGCAAUCCAACAGUAUUUCUAUUGUUGCAAUGUAUGACGAUGAUGAUGGUGGUGAAGGUAAUGCUGUUAUGAGAGGUUGACAUUUGCCACAAAAAUGCACUCUCUUUUGGUGGUGUCGGUAUGAUGUGGCCUCCGAUGUUUGUGUGAACUGCCAGAGGUCCGGAAGUAUCCUGCCUCCAUUACUUGAACUGUGGCAUUGCUCGAGCUAUGAAUGUUUUUCAUGACAUGCCGCCUACAUAGCUUAAGAGGAAAGGAAUCCAUGUUGAACUUGGCACAUUUUUCAAGUUUGAGGACAAUAGAUACUCUGUACAGAGAAACUGUAAAAUGUAUUUCUGAGGUUGGUUUAUGGAAGGAGGGUGAUUAAGCCUCUUAUAAAAAUAUAACUCCACUGGGGGAUUGAGGAAACUCCUUGGGUGAAGCUAAGCAAUGUGAGAUCCUGACCUUUUUCUUGCUGAAAGACAAUAAACUGAUGAGGGUUUUGUCAACU